AUGUUUGUUUGGUUGUUUUUUUUAAAAAAAAGAACACAAGCCGACUCUAACCUCACAGUUCUGGCCUUGGAAAUAUCACCUGAUGCUGUUGUAGUGGUUGCCGUCCAUCUUCUCUCGUUCUCUGUGCUUGCACAAGACUUUUGCGGAGUCCCACGAAAGCAAAUGCCUAUGGAUGGUAGGCUUGUGUGGCUGCUAUUUUUUGUAAUCUUCCAUCAUUCCGUGGCACAUGCAAAAAAAAACCCCAACCCAGCCAGCUCUCCCGAAUUUUUGCAAGUCCGAUCUAAAACCAUCCUGUUUCAACUUCCUCUGGGGUAUUUCUCUGACUCAAAUUUUUAA